AUGACAAGUGUUGGAAUAUUAACGUUGACAGUGUUAACACUUGCUGUAGCAUUGAAAGCCGAAGACACAAGUACAACGACAACGCCGACAACGCUGCUUGCCACUACUACGAAUACAACCAAUGGUGGUGAUAAGAUAUCAAGAAGGAUUAUCGAAGAUAGAUUGAUGCCACCAAGAGCUUCUGAUUUCGCAACUUGGAAUAAGAGAUUUCCCGUUGGCGAUGUAUAUCGCGGCAAUACUGGAGCACCAAAGGUUACUGAGGAGUUGGACGACAAUGUCACUGAAAAAGCUCUGCCUUUGAAACGGACUGUGGGUUCUUCGUCCGCUGAGACAAAGGCUAGCGGCUGCUGCGGCAUUGGCGGUAAAUCGUCAGCCCCCAACGGUUUUACGGACGAAAAAGUAAAGUCGGAGUCUUCGGAUUUGACCAGUGGUAGUGGACCGACGGCGCGUUUCCACGGCAACAAGCAAGCGAAUGACGACAGGUACAGUUACGGAUGGAAAAGCUCGAGCUAUCUUGGCUACCAGUCAGAUAAGGACAAGGGCUACUACAAUCAGCGCAACCGUUACCCUUAUGAUAGAUACAGCUCCGGGCCAAGACCCACUUCGCAGGGCUAUGGGUCCCAAGACGGCGAUAGGUACACAAGUCCACAAAGACCUAGUACAGUUUAUGCCUUGGAUGGCGAUAGAUACGGACCAGGAAGACCCAGUGGCAAUUAUCAAAGUGCAAACUAUGCCUACGGAGGUCCAUACGGUGCGGCACGUCCAGGAAUCACCGGCAACAUUGGCGAAGGCGAUACAGACUAUCCCUUCCCUGAGGGUGGUCCACCCACUGGAUUACCACCCUCGAAUCUACAGACACAGAAGGCAGUGGCGUUGAAGGCACUGGCGGGAGUAGCGCUGAUUGGAGCAGCCGCAGCCCUUGCCACGAAUCCUGUCCUCAUGCCAAUCAGCGUAAUAUCCGGCAGAAGAAAGCGCUCCGCCGAGCUCAAGGCCGACAAUUACGCUCUCACCGCUCUCUUACAGGGCUACAUUCAGCCCACGCCAAAUGAGGUAGAGCAACGUGAACAGUCAGAGGGUGGUAGUAAUACGACUGCAACGACGACGAGCCAUCAGGAACUGGUAAUCAGUCCUCAAUGCGUGGCGAGACUGGCCUGUCAUGUGCAUCGUGACUACCUCGACGAAUUAGAGAAGAGUAAAGCAGUUACCGAUGAAGCUGCUCUUCAUGGACUCGAGCACUGGUUCGAUAGUUUAAUUCACAGUAACAUUUUAGUCGCUGACUAUCUAUCUGACGAAUUGAAAGAGCUCAUUGAAUCUGCUAUAACUAUUGGAUCUGACAAAAAUGCAUCUUGUAAUCAAUUUUCCUGUUUGACUGUUCGUGAUUCUUCAGUAAAGAGUACAACUGUAGACACAAAACGCACAAAAUAG